AUGAGAUUCCUUGUAGCUCUUUUCGCUUUGGUUGCUGUAGCCUCAGCUUCCACUUUCUUCCCCCACACCUACAGCCUCGGAUACGGAUACGGAUUGACCGCCCCUCUUUCCUAUGCAGCCCCAUUGGCUUACUCCGCUCCAAUCGCCUAUCGCGCCCCAAUUGUAGGCCCUCUACCACCCAUCAAACCUGGGUACGUAGCCGCCACUAGAGGUUCCUACCAUGAGGCCCCCCGUUUAGAAGGAUCUCCAAUCGCCUAUCGCGCCCCAAUUGUAGGCCCUCUACCACCCAUCAAACCUGGGUACGUAGCCGCCACUAGAGGUUCCUACCAUGAGGCCCCCCUUUCAGAAGGAUCUCCAAUCGCCUAUCGCUCCCCAAUUGUAGGCCCUCUACCACCCAUCAAACCUGGAUACGUAGCCGCCACUAGAGGUUCCUACCAUGAGGCCCCCCUUUUAGAAGGAUCUCCAAUCACCUAUCGCGCCCCAAUUGUAGGCCCUCUACCACCCAUCAAACCUGGGUACGUAGCCGCCACUAGAGGUUCCUACCAUGAGGCCCCCCUUCCAGAAGGACCUUUUGCCGCCAGCCACCACAUCAAUACUCUUCCAGCCUCAGGAACUUACUAA